UGUCUACGGCUGAAGGUCUGGGACUAUUCAAAAGACAAGAAAGGGAACGUAAGUAUUAUAUCAAUUAUUAAUAAAACUUUUCUAGGAUCACCAAUAAUUAUAAUGAGGGAAGACGAACGUGCAACCACAUCGACACAAUAUGAGGAGGCUCCAACGGUGGUGGUGGAGGAUUUUUCAGAAGGUACGCCAUAAAAAAUAUUCUAAAUACGAAUUUAUAGAUACAACAAAUGAAAAUGAAAGCGGAUGGUGAUAUGCUUUUAUAAAUGUAACUUGUAUAAUGUAUAAAAUAAAAAUCUCUUGGCUAUUAUUUUUUAUAUUUUGGUUGUUUACCUUUUGUAUCUUUAUUGAUAACACUUUUUUUAAAAUUAUAAAACAACACAGAUGGCCCAUAACAUCAAAAAUUAUUUUAGAGAGGAUAGUAUUGAACAUAUCCGUAGUAAUCGUUUCAAAAUUGGGGUUUUCAGGGCUUCGUUUACAGUUGUAAAUGCGGACAAUGCACCACAAGGACGGGAUAUGCUGCUAGAACAACUAAUAGACCACUUUUAUUUACGUGCAUAUCGAGCUGCAGGAGCAAGAUCUCAAAAGUGUUCAAUUAUUAUUCGAAGCGCCGUGUUGGAGAGACCAAUACAAGUUCCAUAUCGAGGGCUUGCACAGAACACACCUCAAGUAGUAAUGGAACAGUUUGAUAAUGUUGACCAAAGCGGCCAACGUAUGGGAAGGCCUUCUAUAUACAGCCAGCCGAUAAAUAUUGAGGUAUAUUUUUGA